AUGAACGCUAAAGAUGAGCUAGAGGGGAUGCGGGCAGCACUGGCCGUGGGGGGGGGGGAUGGCAACCCCUUGGCAUCCAAGGUGGCGGCCUUGGAGGAGCUUGCGGCCACCAAGGCGCAGCUCAACCGUGCCAAGGCGCAGCUUAUUGCUGUGAAGCGGAAUAACGCGGAACUCGAGGAGGAGAUGGAUGCUCUCUUGGAGAUAGUUGCGGAUCUUAAGGAGCAACUUGACCAGGACCUGUAA